AAACUUUGGAAAUCAAGGAAGAAAUCAUCCAAGAUCGAGAGUCUUCCUCAGAGAAAGCUACAAGAAAAAAUCGUCAUAAAAGAUUUGAGUUAAUUUUGUGUACUGCAGACAUGCGAGAAGAUGAUAUUGUGACUGUUAACAAAUCGUAUAGCCGAGCGAUGCCAAGAAUUCAGGAAUCAAAUCAGGAACCGGAAAAGAAGUACACAUGCGAAAUGUGCGCCCGAAGCUAUGUACAGAAACAUAAUUUGAUGGCUCAUCAAAAAUAUGAUUGCAACGUCAGCCCACGGUUCAAAUGCAAAUUCUGCAAAAAACGAUUCAAACGGAAAAGUCAUAUGUGUAACCAUGUGAAUAGCGUUCACCUUAAAACGAACUUUCAGGCUUCGAAAAUCCGGCAUAAAUGCGACAAAUGUUCUCGAAGUUACAGUUGGCAUAGAGAUUUACGUCGACAUAAACGUUUACAACACGCAUCAGUCAAACCACAAUUUGUUUGCGAUAUUUGUGGCCAUACUGUGAAAGAAAAAUUUCUCUUGUCAAGACAUAUGAAUUCACGGCAUCUCAAGUACUUUAAUACGUGAAACUUCAAUGUUUUGAACAUUUCUAAUAGUAAUUGAAUAAUUAAUUGCCUAAAAUUGCUCCCUUUGGACAUUAGUUAAUAGAAAUAAACGGCUUAGCACGUGUUUAUAUUUUUGGUGAUUAGAAAAAUAACUUGGUUUUCUAUCCAAAUCAACAAGAAUCGUAUUUCAAAUAUUGAAUUCAUUAAGAUAUGUAUUGCUUCUUUAUAAAUAAAUAGUUAGUUUAAUUCUUUUUUUCAAUUUUUAUAAAGAGCAGUUGAACAUUAUUUUGGUCUCAAGUAAGUAAAAUAAUAGUAUUUCUGGUUUGGUGAAAUCGUGUUUUAUUUACUAAUUCGUUUAAAGUUGGCUUGAUGUAUUUUUCUGUCUUGACAGUAAAUAUUGAUGCAACGAAUUUGUCUAAAUUUUUUUUUUAUCAUUUGAUUUUUAAUAUA